AGGCGGCGGGCAGGCGAGCAGGGGGCGGGCGGACAUCUUGGGAUCCGGAGAGCGGCCGGGCGGGCGGAGCAGGGGCCGCGGACACCAGGUCUGUUCUCAGAGCGAUGGGCUGUGGAGACUGAGCUGCCGCCAUGAUUGGAGGCUUAUUCAUCUAUAAUCACAAGGGGGAGGUGCUCAUCUCCCGGGUCUACCGAGAUGACAUCGGCAAUAGGAGGAAUGCAGUGGACGCUUUCCGGGUCAAUGUUAUCCAUGCCCGGCAACAGGUGCGCAGCCCCGUCACCAACAUCGCUCGCACCAGUUUCUUCCAUGUUAAGCGGUCCAACAUCUGGCUGGCAGCUGUCACCAAGCAGAAUGUCAAUGCUGCCAUGGUCUUCGAAUUCCUCUAUAAGAUGUGUGACGUAAUGGCUGCCUACUUUGGCAAGAUCAGCGAGGAGAACAUCAAGAACAAUUUUGUGCUCAUAUAUGAGCUGCUGGAUGAGAUCCUGGACUUUGGCUAUCCACAGAACUCAGAGACAGGCGCGCUGAAAACCUUCAUUACCCAGCAGGGCAUCAAGAGCCAGCAUCAGACAAAAGAAGAACAAUCCCAGAUCACCAGCCAGGUGACUGGGCAGAUUGGUUGGCGGCGGGAGGGCAUCAAGUAUCGCCGGAACGAGCUCUUCCUGGAUGUGCUGGAGAGUGUGAACCUCCUCAUGUCCCCGCAGGGGCAGGUGCUGAGCGCCCAUGUGUCGGGGCGGGUGGUGAUGAAGAGCUACCUGAGUGGCAUGCCUGAGUGCAAGUUUGGGAUGAAUGACAAGAUUGUAAUUGAGAAGCAGGGCAAAGGCACAGCUGAUGAAACAAGCAAGAGCGGGAAGCAAUCAAUUGCCAUUGAUGACUGCACCUUCCACCAAUGUGUGCGACUCAGCAAGUUUGACUCUGAACGCAGCAUCAGCUUCAUCCCACCAGAUGGAGAGUUUGAGCUCAUGAGGUAUCGCACCACCAAGGACAUCAUCCUUCCUUUCCGGGUGAUCCCACUGGUGCGGGAAGUGGGGCGCACCAAGCUUGAAGUCAAGGUGGUCAUCAAGUCCAACUUCAAGCCCUCACUCCUGGCUCAGAAGAUUGAGGUGAGGAUCCCAACCCCGUUGAACACAAGUGGGGUGCAGGUGAUCUGCAUGAAGGGGAAGGCCAAGUACAAGGCCAGUGAGAACGCCAUCGUGUGGAAGAUCAAGCGCAUGGCAGGCAUGAAGGAAUCGCAGAUCAGCGCAGAGAUUGAGCUGCUGCCCACCAAUGACAAGAAGAAGUGGGCCCGACCCCCCAUUUCCAUGAACUUUGAGGUGCCAUUCGCGCCCUCUGGCCUCAAGGUGCGCUACUUGAAGGUGUUUGAACCGAAGUUGAACUACAGCGACCACGAUGUCAUCAAAUGGGUGCGCUACAUUGGCCGAAGUGGCAUCUAUGAGACACGCUGCUAGCUGCUAGUGAGGCCACCACACAUCAGUGUCUCCUCCCUCCUGCUUUGCUGCCUUUCCUUUGCACCAGCCCCUGAGUCUAGGUCUGGACCAACCACAUCGCAAGUAGGACAGGUGGAGCUGUCCCUGGGCUCCCUGGGCAAGGUGGUUUAUGGGGCUCCUGCUUCUCCAUCCGUCUGUCUUGGCCCAAUGAGUUCUGUGACCAAAGUCAGGUGGGCUUCUCCUCCCCUCCCCUGUGGCCACAUCUCUCAAGUGGGAGGGUUGGCUGCCCUUCACCUCAGAGCUCCCCCAACAGCUAGUAAUGGAUCCCUAGCCCUCAAUCCCUAUUCUGCUUUGGGAUAGUGUGAGCUUCAUUUUGUACACGUGUGACUUUGUCCAGUUAUAGACCCAAUAAACUCUGUAGAGUGGAGUA